AUGUAUUCAUAUUGGUCAUCAUCAUCAUCAUCAUUAGUAUUACUACUAAUAAUUCUAUUAAUAAACAUUGCUUAUAUCACAAAUUUACGUUGUCAUGAAGAUAUUGAUGGUUCUCUUCAAUUAAUGGAUAAUUGUCGUUCAUGUAUUAUUUUUAUUGAUACAAAACGUAGCAUAAAAGUUUCACCAAGAAAAAAAGACAUAUAUGAAGGAUCAACAAUUCAAGAAUUAUUUUUAUAUAAUAAUAAAAAACGUCAUCGUCGUGAUGAUGCUAAUAUUAUUAUUCGUCAGCAAUGUGCUCGUGAACAUGAUGGUCCAUUAUAUGGUUAUGAUCAAACACAUUGUUAUUGUAAUUCAAAUCGAUGUAAUACAAAUAUUCAACGUUGUUUUUAUGAAAUAGCAUCAAAACGUUAUUUUUCAUGUUAUCAUGGUUCAAAUGAAAGUCAUAAUUCACUUGAAAUCUAUAAGAAAUGUCGUAGUUGUCGUAUACAAAUUGAUUCUAAUAUGAUAUUUCAUUAUGAAUGUUUAACAUUUGGUGAACAAGAACACAAUAAUCAUACACAUUGUACAUGUCAAUAUCCAAUGUGUAAUCAAGAUAUAGGAUUAUGUCAACGUUUCCAACAAACACCAUCUCAACCGCGACUAAACUAUAUUCAUGAAACUUUUCUUAAUGCAACUUACAAUAUAUUUACUAGUACAACUACAACAACAGAUUCAACGAGUAUUUUAAUAACAUUUCCAAAUACUAAUCAUGCAAAAGAAGAACGUUCUAUUGAAAAUGCAACAUUUAAUCAAGUCACUUCCUUAUUAUUAAAUGAAACUAAAUAUGUACAAACAAUUAUUAUUGAGAUAAAAAAUCAUGCUAAUUAUUUUUCAUUAAAUUUCCAUUGUAUUUCAAGCAUUUUUUGCUUUUUUAUUUCUUAUAUGUGA